CAAUUUAUCUCGACGCUCUUCCUCGCAUGUUUUCCAAUUCCAGCCAAAAAAGGACUUCUUACGGAUGCGUGGCUUCUCAUAAUCGGUUCAGUCGUAGCCGCCGUCCCCAGCUGGACGCUGCUGUGCGUUGGCCGGUUUCUGAUCGGCUGUGGAGCUGGUCUUGGUUUCGUAUGUUCGACAAUCGUCCUCUACGAUAUGGUACCAUAUUCAGCUCGCCCGGCUCAUUUUCUCGCUCUAGGAAUAUCGUUCGCUUUCGCCACUUUGAUGAUCAACUGCGCUCCGUUGAUCAACUUUUCUGAUGCUGCAACCGUGAUGUUUGCGUCAGCAGUUAUCGCCUAUCUGUUUCUACAGCCAGAGUCUGAUGUCGAGAGGAUGACAGAUUCACCGUCAGAGUUCGAAGAAAUCCCUUCAAAAUUCCCUUCAACACUGAUUUACGUUUUGAUGACGCUAAACGUGAGCAUUGGCGUGCCUGCGAUUCUUGCCUUUUCAAAAGCUUUGGUCUCGAUCCAACCACAGCUGCCUUCGUUGUCUGUCGCUUUCCCACUCGUGCAGAUCGUAGCAAUUAUUAUUCUCCAUAAGUCGCUAUUAAAUAGGAAAAUCCUUAUUGUUGGCGGAUACAUUGUUGCUGUUAUGGUUCAGGCAAUGCUUCUCUUGACAUCGUACUAUCCUCUUCUACCGGUAGAGGUGAAUUUUUCAAAGGCUAAGAACGUUUAUAAAUUAGUAGCGCCGUCUUGCUCGUUUUAUGCUCGCACGCGGCCAUGCUCUAAUUAA